AUAGUAGAUCCUCGCCCCUAUAACCGGCACGCCGGGAAGAAUCAGCGAAUCGAUAAUGUCAGAUUCGGUUGCCACGUUGCCGUCUCCGAGAUCCGCCGCGGAUGUAUUCUGGGAUAACUCUCGUCAUCCUCCUCUAUGGCUCAACCCUUCCCUCUUCCUUUCCCCAUCCUUCGACUCCGAGUCCUUCGUCUCAGACCUCCGUACACUCGUCCCCUUCGACACUCUCCGAUCCGAGCUCCGAUCACACAUUUCCUCCCUCAGCCGCGAUCUCCUCGACCACAUCAAUCGAGACUACGCCGAUUUCGCGAAUCUGAGCGCUGAGCUCGUCGAUAUCGACGCGGCUGCAGUCCGCAUGCGCGCUCCGCUCCUUGAGCUCCGUGAGGAGAUCAGCGAGUUUCGUGGAUCCGUGGAGGCCGCACGUGUCGCACGUGCGAGUGGAUUAAACCAACGUUACGAUGCUGAUGCGGCAAGGGAGGUUUUGGAAUCGUCGCUCGAGGCUUUUCGUGUGGUGUCUAAGGUUGAAAAGCUUAUACAAGGGCAGCAUGAUGGAGCAACCAUGAGAGAAACACAGAGCGUGCUCUUGGAAAGAAUUGCUAGUGAAUUGAAUCGGCUCAAGUUCCAUAUGGCUCCUCAUGCACAGAACCUGCCUUUCAUUGAGAACUUGGAGAAGAGGAUUCAGAGCGCUUGUGUGUUAUUCGAGGCUAGCUUGCGUAGUUGCUUCAUUGACGGGCUAAUCAACAGCGACGCAAACGUCCUUUACAACUGUCUACGUGCAUAUGCUGCCACUGAUAACGUCAAGAAUGCAGAAGAGGUUUUUCGUACAACAAUUGUGGCUCCAUUUGUACAUAAUGUUAUUGCACAUGAAGCGUAUGAUGGAACACUGCGAGAUGAACUUGAAAACGAUUACAAACAGAUCAAGCAUUUCGUUGCCAAUGACUGUAAAACGCUGCUAGAGAUAUCUUCCACUGACAAAUCGGGUUUGCAUGUCUUCAACUUCUUGGCAAACUCAAUCCUGAAAGAAGUUAUUUUGGCAAUCCAGAAAGUAAAACCAGGCGUGUUUUCUCCUGGAAGGCCUACCGAGUUCUUGAAGAAUUACAAGGCAAGCUUGGAUUUCCUAGCAUACCUUGAAGGGUACUGUCCGUCUAGGUCUGCUGUAACUAAGUUUCGAGUUGAAGCGAUAUGUAUCGAAUUCAUGAAGCAAUGGAAUGUGGGAGUGUAUUUUUCACUGAGGUUUCAUGAGAUAGCUGGAGGCUUGGAUUCUGCUCUUACUUCUGCUUCUCUGGUUUUCAUUCAGGAUUCUGACUCAGAUAAACGGAAUUCACCCACCUUAAUGCUUAGACAAAGCAUUACUCUUUUGGACAGCUUGCGAUCAUGCUGGAAAGAAGAUGUUCUCGUUUUCUCUGCUGCUGAUAAAUUUCUUCGCUUAGCCUUACAGCUUCUUUCGAGAUACUGCAAUUGGGUGUCAUCUGCGGUGAAUGCUAGAAAGAGUAAUGCCAACCUGAGUCCUGGAUGUGAAUGGGCAGUUUCAGCAACUGCAGAAGAUUUUGUAUAUGUUAUACAUGAUGUAAAUUGUCUAAUCUCAGAAGUUCGUGGCGAUUACGUUGGACAUAUAUCACACUAUUUAUCUUCAUGCUCCUCAGAAGUUCUGGAUGUUGUGAGGAAGAGCAUGUUACAGGGUGUAGAAUCGUUACAAAACGUUCUACCUUUGCUUAAGAAGACCAUUAUUGAAGUCAUUGUUGAUCAAUCUGUUGAGGAUCUAAGUCAGCUCAAGGGAAUAGCUGCAACAUGCAUGAUGUCUAAUAAACCACUGCCUGUUAGGCAUUCACCGUACGUGAUUGGACUAUUGCGCCCUCUAAAGGCAUUUUUGGAGGGAGACAAGGCGAGCCAUUACUUGACCCACGAAACAAGGGAGGAGUUAUUGUUUCACACUCUCACUGAAAUUACCAGGCUGUAUUAUGAACUAGCUGCUGAACGUUUAAGCGAGGCGAGAAAAACAGAGAAUUUUCUUCAGAAAUCGCGACAAAAUGCUCAGAAACGGGCAGGUGGAACAUCAGGUGUAGCUGACCACAAUGUAUCUGGAACAGAGAAGAUGUGUAUGCAGUUGCUCCUCGAUCUUCAGGAGUAUGGCCGAAACAUUUCUGCGUUGGGGUUGAAUCCGGAAGAGAUCGCGCCAUAUUGUUCCCUCUGGAAAUGUGUUGCACCUCCAGAUAGGCAAAAGACAAUUAGUGUUUGAGGACUCGCUGCUUUUUCAGACAACAUUUUGAUAUCUUGUAAAAAGGGUUAUACUUUCUUUUCUUCGCUUGGGUUUGUUUACUUAAUACAACGACCAGAAGAGGAAGAGAAUUUUUGUUGAAGAGUGUUUUCCAAAGUUGCAUUAUGAUUUGAUAGA